UGUCAUAUCAGCUUGGAUGUCGUGUCAACAUCACCGUGUACGACAGAAGAAAAAAGAUCUGCACCGCUUGCAGUGUAAUUACGGGUGCACGGCCAGCCGUCGAACGCCUUCCGGAGAAUAAAAAACGCGAAAUAAAUAUCCAAAAAUGUUUUACAAACGAUGCUGAUCCUUCAAAAAGCGCUGUUCAACCGUAGGAUAUCCGGAUCGCUCAGUUUAUCCACAACAUAGGCAUAGAUUCCUUCCUGCAGAUAAAUCUCGGCUGAAGGUGCCACCACAACGCUUGCCAAGCGAGACCUUCAUCGAGUUGUAUUUGACCGAUUACAUUCCGCCGUCCCGGUUUCCUAAAGCGCUCCGCUGUCUGUGUGUGGCUGAAAGGGUUUUUCGAAGUGCUUAUCAGCGUAGUUUGUGGUCCCAAUAGGAAAAAUAGACCUUCACGAUGCUGCCAUUAACGCAUAAAGAUUCGCGUGGAUUUGGUUAUCGGAUACGGGAGAAGUUCAGCAGUUGGAGCCGACUCAUUCUGUCGGAUCGUAAUUCGCGGAAUUUGUUUUUCUUCCUGCUGCUUAAUCUGAGCUUUGCAUUUGUUGAACUGAUGUACGGAAUAUGGACGAACAGUUUAGGUUUGAUCUCCGAUUCGUUCCACAUGUUCUUCGACUGUACCGGGCUGCUGGCCGGGUUGGCUGCGUCCGUCAUUACAAAGUGGCGCGCGAAUGAAAAGUAUUCUUACGGCUACGUUCGUGCAGAAGUGUUGGCUGGAUUCGUGAACAGCCUUUUUCUAUUGUUUAUCGCUUUCUUCAUCAUGUCGGAGGCGGUUGAACGUGCGAUCGAGCCUCCGGAGGUGAAACACGAACGAUUGUUCGUCGUUUCCGUAUUAGGAUUGUUGGUGAACCUGGUCGGCAUCUAUGCAUUCCAGCACGGUGGACACGGUCAUUCGCAUGGUGGUGGUGGAGGCCACGGCCAUUCGCAUGGUGGCGGCGGCGGUGGAGCAAGCCACGGACAUUCUCACGGCGGUGCAAUGAACCACAACAGCCACGACACUCACCAUCUACUGUCGAACCAUAACGAUCACCAUGGGCAUUCGCACGGUGCAGGCGAUCAUCAUCAUGCGCACAGCCAUGGAGGCGGUGAGAUUGUGUCCACCAAUUCGCAGAUUAUGCGUGGCGUCUUCCUGCACAUUCUGGCCGACACGCUCGGCUCGGUAGGUGUGAUCAUAUCGGCUGUGUUGAUGCAGCUGUUUGGCUGGAUGCGAGCCGACCCCAUCUGCAGCAUGUUCAUUGCGCUGACGAUCGGGCUCAGUACGCUGUCGUUGAUCAAGGAAUCGGUCAUGGUGCUGAUGCAGCGCCAGCCGGUAGCGCUGGACCGAUUACUGCCGUCCUGCUACCAGAAGGUGACCGGUCUGGCCGGUGUGUACAGCGUACAGGAGCCACAUUUUUGGACCCUCUGCACCGACGUGUACGUAGGUGUGAUCAAGCUGGAGGUAUCGAAAAACGUUGAUCCCAAGUACGUGGUACAGCACACGCGCAUGAUCUUCGAAGCGAUAGGCGUGCGGCAGAUGAACAUUCAGCUAGACUAUACUGCAAUGUGAUAAAGUGGAGUGCAGGAGCGGUGGAAACGGGAGCAGAGGGACACACGGGCAAAACGUCAACCGGUCAAUUGGUCGUUGUGUAUUGUUUCAGCUUGUUUCCAAAACAAAAACACACCACUGUGCUCGCCCACUGUGGUAGUACUGGUUUCUUCUACCUCUACGCUGCUCCCUUCCGGCUAGAGCUUUUCUUUCCACGUGUUCCGUUUCCGUUUUAUUUCAUAGGCACCACCUAGUGGGAGAAGUAUUGCUAAAAAAGAAAAUGAAAAACAUUUCAGACGUACGGUUUAGAAUAUAGUCUAAGUUUUGUUUUACGAAACCACACACUUACAUACCUACCUGUUUUCCGCAAAGCAUUGUUCAAACUGUUCUCCGUUUAAGCGAUAAAGUCUGUGCGCAUGGUACUAGGAUUACAUCUAAAUAAGCCAAAUCAGCUAAGGGUGGCUCAAUAAUCGGUCGAUUCCAACCCCUGUGACGACAGUCAGAUGAUGCGUGUGCGAGAAUCGUAGAUCGUGGACGGAUUAAAUUAUAGAAUGUUAAACAUAAAUGGUAUCGUGUAUGCAAAAACAGUGCAAGACGCUCCCCACGAAGCAAGAACUGAACGGGCUGGGUUGGUCGCAUACCAGCAUGUAGUAAGAUUUAUUUCCAAGGGAUCAUGAAUGAUGUGCAACGUUCAUGUUGCAAUAGGUAGAUUCGUAGUUUAUGGGGGACAUAAUUCGCAAGAUAAGAAACUGAACAGAUGCCUAAUCAUCAUACAAAUGCAUUUGAUUUUACAUUGCAUCUACGUUUGUGGGAUGCAAGAAUGCUGGAAAAAAUACAAUUCUGUUAAUGAUAACGUG